UUAGACGUUGCACGUGUGUAGUAAGCGAGCAACAUGUGGAACCAGAAAGUCGUCGUUCCACCCAUUGUCUGUAACAUGAAGACCAACAUUACAGGAAAAAAUAAGGGACACUUCAAAAAUAUGAAAACAACAAUGGCAAAUCUCACUCAUCUCCUGUCUGAUGUAUCGGUUUGGAAUUCUGAGGAGCACAUUCUGUCAAAGAUGGUCUACAAGAAUCACUCACAGCGCAGAAGGGAGAAAACACUACAGGGACUUAAAAGGAUUAAAUCCUGUGUGGAGAGAUUUUGUGCCUUAGAAGAAAUCAAAUAUCUAGAAGAUAUUACCAGUUCACUGGAGGCGGCUGACCUGAAUGAUGACAAUGCCUACCUGCCCUCCAGACAGAUGUUAGAGUUUGUCCUUGUCAGACUGAUGGGGGUGGCGGCCCUGCUCACCCAGACUUCUGCAUACUGUGUUUACACCUUCCUCACAGUCCAGCAGGAUCUGGAGACGGGUAUCUUCAUCCCACAGUCCAUGGUCUUCUUGUCUGUCGCUAGCAGGAUCUGGGCUUUGAGCAAGUCUACCUGUAUAUAUAUGAUCACAUGGUACAACACACUACAAAAGUGCCUUGAACAUUUGGAACCGACACAAGUUGUAUGGCUUGAAGAUCCUGGUAUACUGCCAGUCUGUCUCGGAAAGUGGUUGGAGGGAUUUGACAGGAAAUCUCUUCCAACAGAGAGAGCUACAGUGGUAAUGACAGAGCUGGCAAAGCCUUGUGCUGAUCAGAGACUGGACGCAGGAUCUCCUACACAGCAGACCACAACACAUGGUUUUGUAAAAAAUGAUAAGGAAGCUGAAUCUAUAGUGACCACAGAUCAGGAGGAAACAUCUGAUGACUCUGAAGACAUGGAUGAGGAUUUAGGAUGCUCAAUUUCAAGAAAUGAUUUUUCAUCGAAAAAGAAAACCAGGAACAAAAAAAAUAAAAAGUGCAUUGUUCAGGACCAGAAGACAAAAAUCAGUGCGAACCAAGCCAUUGAGGAAUUGGAGCUUGUUGAUUCUCUUGAAGAUUUGCUUCAACUUGUGAUAAGAACUGAGUGUCCAAACGUAGGUGGUCUUUACAGAAAGAAGUGUGUGGAACGUUUACACAAGCUUAUGGUAGUCUCUUCAACGAAGAAAAAACAUCAAAACCAGGCCAAGUUUGUGAAAAAGGGAAAAAUAUCAGUCAGGAAGUUUCUUUUAUUGAAUGUAAGGACAGAAUCAAGUGUAGUUCAGGAGGAUAGUAUGUCGCACAAACAGCUCAGAGUGGUGGAACUAGAAGAAUUGCAGACACAGCAGCAUGUUAAGAAUCUGCUGGUGAAUUUCAGACGAAAUAAUUCAAUUUUUCUUCAAGGCAGAUGUGUUAGAAUUGAUGACCAAAAAUGUGCAAGAAGGAUACGCAUCACUUUGAAACAAUGUUUGAGUAAGAUAAAGAGGAAUUCAGACGCUACCGAACAGUUGGUCAACAAAGCUGUUAAGGUAGUGACAUCUGUUGUAGAACAGAUUGAAGGAGAUACUCCAGACAUCUCCGAGGAUCAGGCAAAUGAGAGCAUCUGGGAGUCGGAGCAAGCAGAAAACACUCCAUGUAAAAUUAACAGUGUGAAAAAAGGCAAAAAAGACAGGUUAGAGGACGCUUUGAAAAUUACGGCAAAGGCAAGAAAAGAAAAGAAGAAAAAAAUGGAAAUGAGUGAUGCAAAGACAGUGGAUAUAGAAACACCAAGAAGUAUUACUCCCCUGAAGAGAAAGACAUCUACAGAAGAAAUUGGGGAUAUCAUUCCAGAGAAAAAGAAAACAAAAACUUCAGGUACUAAAAAACAAAAACUGAAACUUUCCAUUCCUGUAGAGAAAAGUCCAAGGAAGAACAAGAAAACAGGAAAGGGUAAAGCUAAAACGAAAUAGAAUGGAAGUAUGAAUACAUAUGUGCAGUAUCAUGGUGUUAACAAAAGGGUCUUAUGCAAAAUAUACUGCAAACCAUUUGUACUAAAUUUGACAAAUAGUGUAUCAAUUUUGAUAUAUAAUUUAUAAUAAUAAAUGACUGCAAAACACUAUCAUAAAAACCCAUUGAGAGUAAAAAUAUUUGCAUUUAAAUACAAAUAUUAUUUCAAUUUGUUUGUUGUUUGUUUUUAAUAUAAAAUACAAGAUAAUGUACCAAGGAUU